AGUAUUCAACCAGAUCUGCUAGAAUGUGGACACUCCGUCUCAUUGCGACACGAAUUCUGAUUCUAACAGCUUGGUUUGUCAUUGAGACAAAGACAAACACGUGCGAUCGAAACCCAGGCAUUUCCAUUUCUAAGAACGGGACGGUUUCUCUGUCUUUUUGUGGUGAUCUGGUGCUGCAAGCGGGUAGAGAGUCCGAUGAACAACGCACUGGUGGUGUAAAGAUACUAGACAGCCCUCUGAUCACGAGCUGGCACCAGUUAAAGGGUGAGAAGGGUGAACCCGGAGGAGUGUCAUCCAACCGCCUGGACCAACUCGAGAACAAACUUGAAGUGCUAGCGACAAGCCUCGAGUCUUCGAUCACGAACACUCUCCUCGAAUUGGAUUUCGACUGUGGACACGAUUCGUACGGUAAGUCGACGGGCGAGCUGUGCUACGAAGGAGCCGACGGCUUCAAGGCGAUCCUCACUGCGGACGAAUCCGACGGAAACUAUGGCGGACUCGCUAAUGGCGUGCACAUCACCAACACCGCCUACGGAAACCGCAAAGUGGGCACCUCCGAUUUCGUCUUAGGCGCCAACAACGACUGGAUAAAUGGCGAUAAUGCUAGAUACAACGACCACAGCAGCGGAAUCGUCGCCAGGUUUAGCCACGGAGCAACGUCGGUGCGAUUUGCCGACACCGACGACGACGGCACCGUCAAGAUUCUCUACGCAUUCGAUCAGUGCGGCAAGCUCAUCGGUCAGACGGCAGCCGGGAGUCGCAAGACAUUCUCGAUAGACACGACGGCGACCGGCGGCAACCUCAUAUUUUCCAUCGAGUUCGACACACUGCCCAACAACAAUGGUGGUUCUAAUGACGGAACAUACUUUACAAUAGACGAUCUCGUCGUCACUGGGAAGGUAAACAACGACACGGUGAGGACCAGAUGUCUUUUGCCACCGUGCGGAUGCGACUGCGACAGGAACAGGACACUUAUUCGAUUGAACUUUAACGACGGAAGAGACAGUUUUGGUCGCAGCCACGGCGAGUUGAUAUUCAAGGGUUCUAACGGUUUCACGGUUUUGUUCACGGACGACGAUUCGAAUGGAAAUCGCGGCAAUAUGGCUAAGGGCGCUCACAUUUCGAACCUAAACUAUGGAAACAAGAAGGUGAAUACCAAAGAUUUAGUGUUAGGAGCGUACAACUCGCCCUACAGUAUGACCACUGACAACUAUCACAGCUCGGGCAUCGUAGCGCGCUUUAGUCACGGUGUCACGACGGUCGGCUUUGACGACACCGACGAUGACAGCACGACCAAGUCUCUCUACGCGUUCGAUGAGUUUGGAAACCAGAUUGCGGCCACGUCGCCCGGAACGCAGAUACCGUUUAGUGUCGACACCGCGGCGACCGGCGGGAAGUUGAUCUACGCCGUCGAGUUCGAUACUCUCCCGGGAACGGCGGGCGGAUCCACCGACGGUACCGUCUUUACAAUCGACAAUUUCUACGUUUUGGCAUCAUUGAACUGCGGAGAGAAUCAGCGACGCCGUCGCUACGUCUCGUCUCCGUCGGACUUUCUCCUCGUCGACUUCCGUCAGCUCUUGUUUCUAGACUUUAACAGCGGAGCCGACCAUACCGGUCGCAGCCAGGGCGACUUGGUCUUCUACGGGGAUGACAAUUUUCAGGUAAUGUUUACGGAUGACGACUCCGCAGGCGCCACGGGUGGAAACGCCGACGGCGUGCACAUAUCGAAUGAAGACUACGGCUCGGACAAACAAGGAACAGACGACUUGGUGUUGGGAGCUUACAACACCUACACGGGGUCGUACAAUUACCACACGAGUGGGAUAGUGGCUCUUUUCAGCCACGGAGUGUUCCGUGUUUCUCUGGAGGACACGGACGACGAUGGCACACUGAAAACGUUGUUUGCGUUUGACGAGUUUGAUGAACAGAUUGGAAAGACGGCGGCUGGAGCUCAAAAGGUGUUCCGUAUCGAUACAACCAUGACGGGUGGGAAACUCAUUUUUGGAGUCGAGUUUGAUACUCAAGUGGAAAGUGACGGAGGGUCAAACGACGGGACAUUUUUUACUAUAGACAAUUUUAGAGUGGAGGGCACUGCUUCAGAAGAAACAGCACGCAGUCACUACUGAUGACUGACGAGAUGUCCAACUAUCUAAUGCGCUCUUGAGCUUGUUGUUGUUGUUGGUUGCUGUGUGUGUGUGUGUGUGUGUGUGUGUGUGUGUGUGUGUGUGUGUGUGUGUGUGUGUGUGUGUGUGUUGCAUUCUGAUCAAAGAGUAUUGAUUGUCGCAGCUCGAUCAACCUGUAGCACAACUACUUGUACUCUUAUUAAUUAAAUGAAUGCCAAAGCAGAGUGCACGUGACCAAUGACGUCGUUACGAAUGAGCCCGAGAAGGCUAUGGCCUUUCAAUAUUAUUAAGUGCGGCCUUCAUAAUUAAAUUGCCGGAAAUUUUCCCAAUCCGAUCAACAUUCAAAAGUGAGUAAGUGGGGUAAACGCUUGUUUGGAUUGAAAAUGUCUGCCACUAAAAUUUAGCUACUUGGGAAAGUGAGGCUGAAACAGCUAGCCGUUCUUUGGGAACAUCGAAAGCAACAGCUGCUACUGUUCUGUGGUGGAGGCUCUUGGCAACCAUCAAGUGUCUUUGCAGUGUGAGCUCGUAAACCAAACCAUUGGUAUUUAAUAUCAACGUUUUGUAUUGUGAUGUUACCCAGUAGUGUACUACCAUAUAUGACUCUGUCUCGCGUGGCUAAACCUUGGUGUACGCGGGGCGGAUCGAUAAAACGGGAGAAGGUCUGGCCACGCGAGACUACUGUAGCAACCAGAGCCGUAUAUAUGGCUCAGGUAGCAACCUGUGGUUCAAGUUGUCUCGCAAGAGUGCUAUUUAUGUAUCAAAAACUUUCAGUCUAAUUAGUGAUAUUUAAUGGUGCUAGCAUGUGUCAGACGUUUGUUCGAAUUGAAGGGUGAGAGGGUGGUCACCGGAUCAGAGAAAUGUCCAGUAAUUGAAUAUGCCCCUUUUUGCUUGCAAAAUCAAAAUCAAUAUAAAUUUUUAUAUUAUAUUUAUUUAUACUUUAUAUCCCAGCAUAUCUAGGCUCGAAUGUCCAGCCGGUCAUCUCCCCCUUCCCUGUUGCUUUUUACACUCAACGUGGUUUCUAAGUCACAAUAUUACAACAUAAUAAAAUAUUUAUCCAAUACAAAACGUGAUAAAUCGAGUUGCAAAAAAUAUUUGAUCAAAAAUUUCUUAAUUUCAGCAUUUAUAAAU